GCGCCAAAUGGCAUUCACGACGAAAGAUAUUAACCCCCACAUUUCAUUUUAAUAUAUUGCAGCAGUUUGUUGAGAUUUUGAUCGAAGAAGGUAAAAACAUGGCCAAGUCUUUGAAAAAUACAGGAGGGACAGUUGUAAAAGAUUUAGUACCGUUUGUUAGUGAACAUACGCUGAAUGCAAUAUGUGAAACUUCUAUGGGCACUUCUCUACGAGGCCUUGGUGCGUUCCAGCAUCGGUAUCGAGAAGCAGUUUAUCGCAUGGGCGAACUUUUUAUUUAUAG